GUCGCCAUGGAGACGAGCGGCCCGGGAGCCGCGGUGUUCCCGGCGUGAGGAAUCCUCCGCCUCGCUCAGCCCGGGGCCCCUGCUUCCCGUCUUUUCCCAAGCAGGAGCAGGCCGAAGCAGGUCCUUGCUCAUUUUCCGAAGUCGCGGUCGUUUGCUCCUGGUUUCUGGCACUUCCCUCCCGGAGCCAGGAGUUCAGGGGCAUUGUCAGGGCACUUUAAGUGAUUUAGGAGCUGAUCCCAAUACGAGAUGUGCUCUGGCCAUCUGGACUUUCACGCAAGAGCCCAGAGAGUAGAGAAAUGGAAAAACUGACUCAUCUGGAAGCUCUGCAUUUUGCUGCUGUGCUGGAGGAUUCUGUUGAGCAGCUCUCAAUUCUUGGAUACAUGAUGCCAGUUCCAUGUGAGGGCAAGGCAGACACCAGCCAUACUAGCAGCCAGGAAAUGAAAGAAAUCACAGGGACUCAGAAAUCUGAGCUGGACACUAAGCACCAAAAGCGAGGGAGUGGUGCAACAGUUGCCUCCAAGUCUCCAAAAAACAUCAAAGAGAAGCAGCAGCUGCAGAAAACUGGAGCUCUAAAAAGAACCUCUCAUCUUCCCAGUGGGGCUAUGAAACACAGUCCUCUGCCUGUAGAGCAUCUCAGAAAAAUUCAGGCUGACAGGCAGUAUGCAAGUGAUACAAUUACAGCCACCAUGAAGGAGAUGCAGGAAUCAGGAACAUUUAAUACCCUGACAGAAGCUGUUGAGAAAGAGAGAGCAAGAAAGAACAAGUUUCAGGAUCUCCUCAUCAGGGAGGAGGAAGGAAAGAAGGAGAUAAAGGCACUUAAGAAACAGCUGCAAGCUGUCAAGAAAGAAACUGAAAUAGAACUUAAGAAGCGAGAUACAACAAUUGCUUACCUCAUGGACGAGCUCCAGGAGACAAAGGCCAAAACAGACAUGGAGAUCAGCUACAUGAAGAAAAGAACAGACCUCCAGAUCCACCAAACCAAGAAGAAGUGCAGCAAUGCAGAGAAUGCCCUGGAUGAGGAAAUUCAGAAGCUGAAGAGCAAAACUGACAAGGAGAUCCAGGUCCACAAUGAGGUUGAAAAUUUCCUCGGACGACGCUGCAAGACACUGGUGGAGGAGCUGGAACAUUGGGCAGACAAGUAUGAAAAUGACAUGGGUGCCAAAGAUGAAGAACUGGAUGCCCUAAAAGCAUCAAAGGCAAACAACUUGGAAAAACUGCAGAAGAUUGCCAAGGAGUGCCAGGUGUUUGAGGAAACCAUCAUCAGUGACCGGGCAGAAAGGGAGGCUAGAAAGAAACAACUGGAGCAGGAUGCCCUGGAGCUGAAGAGCAUCCUGAAGCUGCAGGCCUGGUGGAGAGGUGUAAUGGUCCGCAGAAACCUUGGCCCCUACCAGGCCCUCAAGAAGACUCAGGGGAAACACCUAAAUCAGAAAAAGGAAGGAGAAAAGGAAAAAGCAAAGAAAAAGCCAAGAUAAGUAAAGAAACCUGGCUGCAGAUGUGCUCCUGGGCUGUUGUUGGGCAGGGCACUGCAGUCUGUCUGUCUGACAGAACAAAAUA